AUGAAAAGGUGGCUCUCUAAUGGAAUACAGUGGUACAAGGGACAAACUUGGAACGAUCUUUUGACAGAUACAAUUUGCACUAUGUUGGGGCAUCUGAAUAUGAAUCUGACACAUAGCUCACAUGGCGGGGUCCAGAGCCAGGAAGUCUUUGUUGUUGGCCUCCAGGGACCCUAUCUUCAUAUAUGCCGGGGAUUCUUUCCGCGAGAUCGGAUUGCUAGGGUCUAUCAACAUGGAUACUCGGAUGAGGAGGAGUUUGGAUUGGAGUUUACGCGGGGGUAUAACCUAUAUCUCAAGGAAGAUUGGCUUGAGGCUACACGUGCAUUGAGCAGAUUGCUUCGAUAUCUUCUUAGUGGAAAGGCAAUGGUUGCGGCUGUGUACAGAAGGGAGUAG